GCAGCGGCGCGUCCUGCCUGCGGAGAGCCAGGCCGGAGAAGCCGAGCGGCGCAGAGGACGCCAGGGCGCGCGCAGCAGCCACCCACCCUCCGGACGGCGGCAGCUGCUGACCCGCCAUCGCCAUGGCCCGCGGGAAAGCCAAGGAGGAGGGCAGUUGGAAGAAAUUCAUCUGGAACUCAGAGAAGAAGGAGUUUUUGGGCAGGACCGGUGGCAGUUGGUUUAAGAUCCUUCUAUUCUACGUAAUAUUUUAUGGCUGCCUGGCUGGCAUCUUCAUCGGAACCAUCCAAGUGAUGCUGCUCACCAUCAGUGAACUUAAGCCCACAUAUCAGGACCGAGUGGCCCCACCAGGAUUAACACAGAUUCCUCAGAUCCAGAAGACUGAAAUUUCUUUUCGUCCUAAUGAUCCCAAGAGCUAUGAGGCAUACGUGCUGAACAUAGUUAGGUUCCUGGAAAAGUACAAAGAUUCAGCCCAGAGGGAUGACAUGAUUUUUGAAGACUGUGGUGACGUGCCUAGUGAGCCCAAAGAACGAGGAGAAUUUAAUCAUGAACGAGGAGAGCGAAAGGUCUGCAGAUUCAAGCUUGAGUGGCUGGGAAAUUGCUCUGGAUUAAAUGACGAAACUUAUGGCUACAAAGAGGGCAAACCAUGCAUUAUUAUAAAGCUCAACCGAGUUCUAGGCUUCAAACCUAAGCCUCCCAAGAAUGAGUCCUUGGAGACUUACCCAGGAAUGAAGUAUAACGCAAAUGUCCUUCCUGUUCAGUGCACUGGCAAGAGAGAUGAAGAUAAAGAAAAAAUUGGAAAUGUGGAAUAUUUUGGACUGGGCAACAGCCCUGGUUUUCCUCUGCAGUAUUAUCCCUACUAUGGCAAACUCCUGCAGCCCAAAUACCUGCAGCCCCUGCUGGCCGUACAGUUCACCAAUCUUACCAUGGACACUGAAAUUCGCAUAGAGUGUAAGGCGUACGGUGAGAACAUUGGGUACAGUGAGAAAGACCGUUUUCAGGGACGUUUUGAUGUAAAAAUUGAAGUUAAGAGCUGAUCACAAGCACAAAUCUUUCCCACUAGCCAUUUAAUAAGUUAAAAAAAGAUACAAAAACAAAAACCUACUAGUCUUGAACAAACUGUCAUACGUAUGGGACCUACACUUAAUCUAUAUGCUUUACACUAGCUUUCUGCAUUUAAUAGGUUAGAAUGUAAAUUAAAGUGUAGCAAUAGCAACAAAAUAUUUAUUCUACUGUAAAUGACAAAAGA